GCAACCUUCAGUGUCUCUCUCUCUAUUUCUCUUUCGCUCACUAGAAUUCUCUCGAUCGCUCAUGCACGCAGUCAGCAAGAUGUCUUCCAGCCAGGGAAGCAGCAGUGCAGUCUCCAGGAGCUUGGCGCUGCUUUUGUGCGUCCUCGUCUUGGCUCAAUACGCUGAAGCAGUUACUGUCAACGUCGGAGGCACCAAGGGCUGGACUCUGGGAUACAAUUACAAGACCUGGGCUGCUACAACCAGAGUCAAGCCAUGGGAUAGCAUGUUUUUCAAGUAUGAUCCCCGACUUCACAACGUGCUGGUGGUGAGCAAGGCUGACUACGACGCAUGCAGAGUUAACAGGCCGUGGGCCACAUACAAGUCUGGAAAGGAUUACGUCAAGUUCACCAAGAGCGGCACGUACUACCUCAUCUGUGGUAUUGCCCAGCAUUGUCAGGCCGGCAUGAAGGUGGCUGUGAACGUGCGUUGGUAAAUCACAGCCGUGUUCAUCGCGCAAUUGCAAGUAGGUAGUCGAAUUUUGGCUCUGAAUGGUUGGCCAUGCCAGCCACGUUGGUUAGACGGUUGCUCGACUGCUAGGAACUACGAUCUCGAUCGAUAGCAUCCGAAGUCGACUUCGACAGUAGUAGUUCCCUCUCGAGCAUCUACCUCAUGGUGUGAGGUCUUCAGAGUCUAUGUGUGUAUAUUUCUGUGUCUCACACAGACGCAAUAAAGUUACUGCUGAAUUUGCUCUUACGCUAAUGCU